CUAUAAAUAGAAUUUUUUUUUCUGCUGGAAAAACUGCAGCUCCUUCAGCUAAAUGGCAGUGAGUUAUAGACAUGCAGAAGUUGUUGUUAACCUCAUGCUACAGCCCAUUACAGUGAGUACUUUUUCCUUUUUCUUUUUUUUUUUUUUAAAUCUGUGACUCUUGUGUUUUUCUCUUUGUUGUCCCCCAGAUUGAGUUCUACCGGAAGAGAUUAAGAGAGCAUAAUUCAGCUACAGUAUAGGCUUACCAUCAACCUUUGACCCGGCCAACCUCAAACAGCAUCAGCCUACCUGCCUGCCCGUCCGCCUGUCUGCAUGAGCACAGCGGGCUGUGUGUGUAUACCCUACUGUAUGAGCGCCAUCUACAGAGCGAUGCUGCUCACAGGCGGUGAGUGGAGGAUGAUAGUGGUGAUGAUGAUGGUGCUGGUGAUGAUGAUGAUGAUGAUGAUGAUGAUGAUGAUGGCCUGCUGACUGACUCUCCCUCCGCAGGCUGCGAGCUCACCUUGCACACACACUUCGUGUUUGGCCACACACAGCUAACGUGACAGUCAAGAGGUGGAGUGAUAAAACAAAAUCCAUGGUGAAUUCACAACAGGCAAAGACUUUUAACAGUUUUCUUUUGUUAGUGUGUUUUUUCUGACUCCUUUAACAACAGGAUGCUACACGGGGGAGAUGCUGUAAAAUUAGCAACACAUUUUCCAAAAUAGAAUGGAUUUUAUUUUGAAAUCUGAUCCUAUGUCUGUUUUAUAUUUUCAAAAGAGUAACUACUGUAUAAUGAGAGUCUACACUUUGAACCAGGGGCUCACAGAGUGGGUUAUUGGGUCGCCCAGUGUUGUUCAGGAGCUCCCAAAAGUCAGUUCAUUUUUUUUUAAUUCACAGUUAAAUUACGAGGAUUUAUAAUUAUGAUUGUUUUAAACAGGCUCCUCGAUGACACUUUAAAAAUGUAAAAGCAUCGAUAAAAAAAAAAAAUCCUUGAAGACGGCAUCCCUGCCCUGAGUCUCACUCAUCGUGUGUUUCCAUUGGGACCCCUGAAAACAUCCUGAGUAACAUCGCUUUAAACAACAUACACCAGCCUGACAGUGCUUUACCUCUCUUCUACCCCCUGCCUUUAAUUUCCUUGAUUCUUCACCCCAAAGUCUCAUCAUUUCCCAUUUCGUCUCCCUCCCCUUCCUGGCUGUCGGAUGCAGGGACCUCCUCAUUUGAGCUGCAGGUUUUUACGUGGGCGAAUCACAAAGUGUUGGAAUCUAUUGCCUUUGUCUGACAAGUCAUCCAUCUCUAUGCGAGGGGAUCUGUGGGAUGGAGGUAGGAGUAGGGGGAGGGAGGGGUGGUGGUGGUGGUGGCGGUGGGGGUGAUCUGUGGGACUGCAGCUUUUAGAAACAGACACACAAGGAGAGGGGUUUCAUUCUCAGCCCAAAGCUUGGCUCAGGCACAGCCCAUUCUGGAGGAGAGGGGGACGCACUGCUCUGUAUACUUCGCCGUGUCCAUGUUGUUGUCAUCUCCGCCCCUAUCUGAUUAAACCACAGAGCAGCACCGGUGCUCCAAGCCGUCAGAGGAGAGAGGGAUUUUUUUUUUGUUCGGCCUCAGAUUCCCGACCGGACCCGUGGAGACUUCCAGCUACUGCUUUGUUUUGCUCAUGAUGUCCUUUAAACACAAACAGUGACCCGGUUUGAGCCAAUGUUGCUGCGACUGGUGCGCUCUGCACACGCGUGGGUCAUGCUCAGCACCUGACAGACAACCCUUCCGCAGACUUUUCACUUCAGACUUUAACAGGAGGAAAACUUAGCAUCGCCCCCCCAAGAAGUUAUUCGUUGCUGCAGCCUGCGGACUCUGGCCACACGGACUGUUAUACACCAAAAUAUAAAUCCUUGUUUUUUUUUUUUUACUGCUUUAAGCUGCAUCACCGAGGCGAAACGGCGACCUCAGUCGAUUACCUUUCUUUCCUUUGCUAUCCCAUGGAUAUUCACUGCAAAGCAGACCCGUUCUCAGCGAUGCACCGGCACGGCGGUGUGAACCAGCUCGGCGGGGUGUUUGUGAACGGCAGACCCCUCCCGGACGUGGUGAGGCAGCGGAUAGUGGAGCUGGCCCACCAGGGCGUCCGGCCCUGCGACAUCUCCAGACAGCUACGGGUCAGUCACGGCUGUGUCAGCAAAAUCCUCGGCAGCUAUCAGAAGGCAUUUCAGAGGUACUAUGAAACCGGCAGUAUUAAACCCGGAGUCAUUGGUGGCUCCAAACCAAAAGUUGCAACUCCGAAAGUGGUGGAUAAAAUUGCAGAAUAUAAGCGCCAGAAUCCGACCAUGUUCGCCUGGGAGAUAAGGGACCGACUACUGGCCGAGGGCGUCUGCGACAACGACACUGUCCCCAGCGUUUCAUCCAUCAACAGGAUUAUCCGCACCAAAGUCCAGCAGCAGUUCCACCCGUCCCCUGACGGAUCUGUUACGCCGCUCUCCACGCCCGGCCACACCAUAGUGCCCAGCACAGCCUCCCCCCCUGUGACCAGCGCCUCCAACGAUCCCGUAGGAUCCUACUCCAUCAACGGCAUUCUGGGUAUCCCUCGCUCCAACGGCGAGAAGAGGAAACGAGACGAUGUUCUCUGGAGUGGCAACCACUUGGAUGGAAGGAAAAUAGGACAUUAUGGCUCUGAUGGCUCAGGCCCUGGCAGCGACUCUCAGGGCAGCGUGGAGAGUUUAAGGAAGCAUCUGCGAGCAGACGCCUUCACCCAGCAGCAGCUGGAGGCCCUGGACCGUGUGUUUGAACGUCCUUCUUACCCUGAUGUCUUCCCCACUUCAGAACACAUCAAGCCUGAACAGGCGAAUGAGUACUCUCUCCCAUCCCUGAACACUGGCCUGGAAGACGUGAAGCCGAGCCUCUCCACCAGCGCCAGCUCCGACCUCGCCUCCAGUGUCUCCCAGAGCUACUCUGUUGUGACAGGUCGAGACAUGGCCAGCACCACCUUACCUGGCUACCCGCCUCAUGUCCCCCCCACAGGACAAGGCAGCUACCCCACCUCCACACUCGCUGGAAUGGUUCCUGGAGGGGACUUUUCUGGAAACCCUUACUCUCAUCCACAAUACACCACUUACAAUGAAGCAUGGCGGUUCAGCAAUCCAGCAUUACUAAGUUCCCCUUAUUAUUAUAGUGCCGCAUCCCGUGGCUCCGCACCUCCCACUGCUGCCACUGCCUACGACCGCCACUAGUUACCAUGGAGACCAGCUCAAACUGCAGGGCCAGGGCUUCGGCCUCCAUAUUGUCCCGGUCUGAGAAACACUGAGGUCAAAGGGAAGCGAGGUGGAAUCCUAAAGGAAAUCCCCCCCCCCCUGUGAUGUUUUGUGAUGUGGAGGAAGGAUCAGCAAAAGGUUGACGCCGGUGCAUCUAGCCCAGCUUCAGCGUCAACACACUUUGGGCCAAAAAAGUGGCCCACGGGCGUUCAGAACUCACCCAUCAUGCCCUCACUCUCUCACAGGCCUGAACAUUUCCAGAAUGACUUUAAGAGAUUAUAUAAAUAUAUAUAUUAUAAAAUAUAAAUUGAAGAAAAACAGUGUGAAGAAUACCAUGUGAAAAAAAAGUUGUGGGUUUUUAUUUUUGUUUCUUUGUUGCUCUUGUUGUUGUUGUUAUUUUAUUCAUGGAUCCUCACAUUCCUUUACGUCAAGAACUGCAGUAUUUUUCUGCUGUAAAGAGAGAAGUCCAGGGGAGAUGACAAUGGUCCCAUAGCUUGAUGAUGCAGCGACUUGAACCAGUGUUGUGGGGCCCCUCUGACACUUAAUAAGAUCCCGGCCCCACACUGUAGGGCGGGCUUUACUCUGGUGCUUUGACUACAUCUUCUGCUCCCAUUUUUCCACCUACGUUAUCAGAUAAACACAGCAUGUCCUACAACGUUUACUCACCCUGUAUGGACCAAUGGCAACAUCACGCUCCCUGUGGCAAACAAUCAGAUGUAAAAAAUGUAAAUCAUUUUUCAAAGUAUUACAAAUACGGUGACCAUGAGCCCAAAAUGGUCUUGCCAGAAUUUUGAAUACUUUAAAUUAUUUUUUUCUGUCACUAUUUUUUAAUGUAAAAAAAAAAAAAUGGCAUCAAAGAUUUUUCAGAAUAGUUGUCACAUUUCCCUCAUUUUCCAGUCACGUCCAUGUCCAUGCAUGACCGUCCUUUGCUCUUUUUUUGCACUAUAACCUCAGCUUAUUUGAUUUAUUUGGUACAUUCACAUAAAAUUAAGUUUAAUUAGCCUACCAAGGUAAAGCAUAAGUUUCAAUUAUUUAUGUUUUAGGUGUAAGAACACAAAGCAGACAGACAGACAGACAGACAGACAGACAUGUUUUACAGAGUAAAAGCGAUGCUUUCACAUUUCUGAAGACAUUGUAAGCUAUAGCUCUUUGGCUACAUGAACAAAUCCUUUCAAUUCUCCUGGGUUAUACUUCAUUCAGCUACUUAGUCAUACCACUAGAUGCCUACACAGUUUAGAAAGCUGUACGCAGUUGAGCGAACCGACUGUAAAUUAGCUUCAACAAUUGCCUUACAAACCUGUUUUUUCAACUUAAAUUCAUGCCUGUUCAAUGAAAUUAAUUGCCUUUACAAACACACGUUCACCACCCUCCUUGAGUUACGUUCAACUUUCCAUAGGGACUGAAAGGAAAUACUGAUUCAGUUUGCGUUUUUGGAAAAAUAUUUUGUGAAUGUACUUUUAACUACAUUUGCCAAAGACUUAGUUUGAUAUUUAAUAUUUUAUUUACAGUAUAUGUAUGCAUAAGUAAAGCAGUAUUAUCUUUUAAAAUGCGUAGUCAACACUGAACAUGUAUGUCGUGACUUCUCAACAGGCGAACAUCAUGAUGCAUAUAUGACUGUAAUGAAAAAGGUGAAAUUCAGUGACUCAAUAUUCAGACAGUUUGCAACAGUUGCUGCUUUGUAGAAUGAUUUGUGAAUAAUGUGAAGACAAUUCUUCUCUGUAAAUAAUAUCACACACACCAUUGCAGUAUCAUACUAAUGUACUGGCUCCCUUUGUAGAUAUACAGACUGAAAAAAAAAACAUGCAUUACAUUUGUGUCUUAAUGUAAUGUUGUGCUCUGAGGAAAUGCACAACUACUAUAUAACCUGUGGCUGCGUCAGUAGCAGGUUUCAGAUGCUAACAUCACAUAGGCUGUCUUUGUCAUUUUAUUUUAUUUUCAUGAUAUUGUCAUGAUGAUGUUUUAUGUCACUAUGCAAUGAGUUAAAUGGCUUUCUGUAUCAUCUUUUGUUGUUGGGCUCCGAACAAGUAAAACCCAGUGAAAAACAGCAUAAAAGUUAAGACGUUCAAAAGACCUUCAGUGUGAAAUGGUUUCUCUCUAGUUUCACUUUUGUUCCACAAAUUCCCUUGAAUCAAGACGUGAUCAAACUGAAGUCCUUGGCAACAAUCAAAGAUAUCGUCCUGUUUGCUGUGAGUAGAUGUUGUGAUCAUUAUGUUAGUCCAAAUUACAGUCAUCUGUGCCUCCAUGUAUAGAAACACAUCCACGCUUAUUCCCAGUCACCCAUCUCUCCUCCCACUCUACUCCCUUUCUCACUCCUCACAAGCUCUCAACCCUGCUACCAAUACAACUCUUUAGCGUAAGGCAUCCAAGAUGAAGUUUACUUUAAUUCUACACAAGCAAAUACGUCAUCUUGUACCAGGGUUCACUGUCGUUGCUGAGGGCACCAGAUAACAGAGAAACAGACUGCGGUCCUGCUCUUCAGGAGAACCUCUCUCUACAGGUUGCACAUGGGAUUUUGCCUAUUUCUGUCUACACGUAGCCGGACAUAUCUGAAGAUGAAACGCUGCCACAGAGUGCAAGCCACAUCGUUCGGGCGAAGACAUUGCUUUAGGAAGCGGAGCACCUCUGAGGGAAUGGGUCCUCUGUUGUUGUAAAGAUGAUACAGGAGAUGUGUCAUGGACAUAAAAAGGAUUUCUGAUGAAAAUCUAUACGGAAAGCCUUAUGGCCUCAAUCAUUGUUCUGUUUCAGUUCUGUUCCAAUUCUUUUUUGUGCACAUGAGAAAUAAAUUCUUUUAUAUGUCA